CAGCUUUACAUUUUUAAUAUCGUACGAUUUAUUUGUGCUUAUUUAGAAUACUUACUAAAAGUUAUUAGAACAUGUCUGUGGAUAAUGUAUCAGGAGAAUCAUUGUAUACUCCACGUAGAGUUCAAAAAUGUUUGUUUGGAUCAGGUGGAAGUUCAAGGAAAAAGAAGAUUUACAAAAUUCAAAGAGAUUCAAGAAUUACAGGCAGUUUAUCCGGAGAAGAAUCAGAUUUGGGACCCAUGUCACCGUUAGCACUUAGCGAUCAAAGCCCAAGUAGUUGUAAUAGUUCUCCAAAACUUCCUCUUCUUUCUCCAAAUUCUAUACCUAAGAGAUUGUCUUUGUCAUUUAAUAAGCAUGCAUCUUGGGAUCAGAUUUCAUCAAGUAUAUAUAAGAGAAGAACAAGUGAUCAUACUCAGGUAUCUUUAAAGAAAGCAAUUCAAGCUGUAAAACAUUCUUCACAAAAAGAAAUAUUACCAGAUUCACCAAAAUCUCUGUCAAAUUCUCCAUUGAAGAAUUCAAACAAACAAUCUCCAAACCAAACAGAAGUAGAUAUGCAAGAAGCAAUACCACAAAGACAAUUUGGCAAAGAGUUACUAAAUAAUACCAUAGAAACUCCACAUAAAUCUGGUAGUCCAGAAAACAAAUUAAUAACACCAUUGACUUCUGAAAACAAAAUGAUUUUGUUACCAAAAUUACAUAGACGCAAAUCACUUAAUAUACUCGAUAUAAUUGAAAAUUCACCUGAAAGAAAAGAGAAUAUGUUAAAGAGACAUGCUCUUGAAGAGUUAGGAAAUACAACUACAAAAUUACUAAAAACAGAUGAAAAUCAUUCAGUGCCAAAAGCUAGAGCAGCUCUAUUUCAAGAUAAAAAUUAUGAAUCAAAAUUGAAAAACAUAACAUUAAGUACUAAGAAUUUUUAUAGUAAUUCUGAAAUAAAAAGAAACUAUAAGAUCAUGUCUGAAUUAGCAGAGCAAAAACAACAAGGAAGUUCUACAGGGCAUUUACCUUAUUAUAGAAAAUCUACAAAAAGAUAUAAAAUAGGAGGAAUUAAUGCUGGUGUAUCUCAUGGUAUUAAAAAACCAAAAGCAAAUUUAGAUACUACAAAGAAGAAUAAUACACAACAUAUUAUAAAUAUACAGGAAGAUUUAUCAAAAGAAGUAAAAAUGGAGGAAACAGAAAUUUUAAAUACAUUACAAGUAGAGGAAAGUCCAUCACCAGAAAUUGACUUUAAUAAACGCUUUUUUAAGAUUAAAAAGUCAUCAAAGAGGAAUUCUGCAGCUAUAGUAACGAUAAAUAAUAAUGUUAAAUUAAAAGUUGAAUCAGAUGGUAAAAUGGCAUUAAAUAAAAAAAAUGGAAAGCAAGGUCAUAAACGACAAAAACUUAUUGAUAUCUCUUUUGAUGCAACUGAUUUGUCAGUAGAUGAACCAGAAUUGGAAGCCACAAUAGAAAAAGAUAAAGUGGCUAAUAUAUUAAAAACCUUGGAAGAUGAUUGGGCUGAUGAUGAUUAUGACAUUAUGGAAGUACUAACUAAUGAAAGACUUGAACAUAUUUCACCAUUAAAGCCAGUAGCAAUAUUGAAUGAUAUUACUAUGUCACCAGCUAGUGAACUUAGUAAUAUGACUUCAAUUAUGAAUAUUAAGGACAUUAGUACACCAACACUUCCUAAAAAUAUUCCUUUGGACAACUAUGAAGAUACAACACAACAAAAGUAUUAUCCAUUAUUUAUUAAGGGCUACUCUUCCAAUAAAACGUUUAAUGAAACUAGUAAAAAAUCAAUACAUAAUGCAAAAGAAAAUAUAAAUUGGCAAUUAUCUAUAAAACUAAAUGGUAGUGAUAAUCAAUACCAAUUGGAUGCAGGGCAAACAAAUUUUGGAGCAACACAAUGUACUGAAUGUGGUGUCGUAUAUCAAAUAGGCGAUCCAGAAGACGAAAAUGCUCAUCUAAAUUAUCACAAUAACAGAAAAAGUUUAAAAUUUCCCGGAUGGAAAUCAGAACGUGUAAUUAUGGAAGAUCCAUUUACAUCGAGUCGAAUAAUUUUAGUAGAACCAGGUGACUCAAAACUAUGUUGGAAAAAAGUAACAGAAGUUUUAACAUAUGUAGACAGAGAUUUAGGAUUAGUUGAUACAAAAUUAUCAAAUUAUGAACAGAAAAAAGUGUACUUAUAUAUAAGAGACAAAGCCAUCAUAGGAGUGUUAGUUGCAGAACAUAUAACGACUGCACACCGUAUGAUACCCGAAUUAUUAGAGUUAGAUUGCUGUACAGCAGAAAGUAGUCCUGCUAAGUGCGGCAUAAAUGUUGUAUGGACAGAUUUAAAUCAUCGUAAACAAGGCAUAGCUACUAAAUUGGUAGAUGUAUUAAGAGCUCAAUUUUAUUUCGGUUAUAUAAUGUCUGUAGAUGGCAUAGCAUUUUCAAUUCCAACUCCAAGUGGUAAAAUAUUUGCCGAGAAAUACACGAAAACACGGAAUUUCAAAGUUUACAGUUAA